CGUUCCCUUUGGGUUAAUAUCCGACAAGAGAGGUCUCGAUCUGAGAAACUUGUUUCAUUUGACUGCUGAUAUUUGAAAACUACUGUGUGCCAUCGCUGUUCAAUCAGCCGUGUGGCCCAUCUUUUGCACCCAUGGGCCUCGUUCAACGGGUUACGAAAUGGCUGCCCUCCACGCCGAGUCUGCCCCUAGAUGACUCGUCGCGCGAGAAAGGCCGUAAUCUGUCCAGAUUCGCUUUCUUCAAACGGAGGAUACGCUUAAAGGGCAACUCUUCGAUCUCGAUACCCCUGGGAUUUGUUUUACUAUUUCCAUGCCUUGUAAUAGUCCUUAUCCUACUACUUUUUGUUCGACAUCCUGCUUCCCCUGGGGGGAUUCUCAUCCCUGCCGGUACUCCGCCAUCUAUCAGGAAAAUAAGCGAAAAAUAUGACAAAGUCUUCGCUACCGGCUGUCUCCCCGUCGAGAAAACCGACGCCCCGCGCGCAAAUGCCGCUUUCGUCGUCCUUGCCAGAAACAAGGAAUUGGACGGAGUUAUUCAGUCGCUCAAGUCUAUUGAAAGACACUUCAACCGCUGGUUCCACUACCCUUACGUCUUCCUGAACGAUGGUGAUUUCGAUGACGCCUUCAAGGCGACGGUCAAGAACUACACCAGCGCCCCCGUUGAGUUUGGCAAGAUUGAUGAGUCUAUGUGGGGUUACCCCGACUGGGUUGAUCAUGAAGUCGCCAAGGAGGGUGUUCGGAAACAGGGUGACGCCGCCAUCAUGUACGGAGGCAUGGAGAGCUACCAUCAUAUGUGCCGAUUCUAUUCCGGCCACUUCUACAAGCACCCCCUGCUCAUGAAAUACGAAUGGUACUGGCGCCUUGAGCCUGAGAUCAAGUACUUCUGUGAUAUUACAUAUGAUCCAUUCAUCAAGAUGGCGGAAGCAAACAAGACCUACGGCUUCACGAUCGCUGUCAAGGAGCUUCGCGAGACCGUCCCCAACAUCUUCCGUUACGCAUCUGCCUACAAGCGGAAACACAACUUGGAAUCGAAGGGAUUGUGGGAAAUGUUCCUGGAGAAACCCGAAGAAGAGCCUAAGCCCGAGGAGGAAAAGCAAGAGAAACUCCCUGAGGAGAUUCUUCAAAAUGAGCCUGGUGAAAAUACUGUUCCCGAUGUUGACCCGGAAGCCAUGGAAGGCGAGAAGUACAACAUGUGCCACUUCUGGAGUAACUUCGAGAUUGCGCGGUUGGACUUCUUCCGCAGCAAGGAAUAUGAGGAGUUCUUCGACAUGAUGGAUAAGAGUGGAGGUUUCUGGAUGGAGAGAUGGGGCGAUGCGCCUAUCCAUUCAUUGGCCGCCGGUAUUCUCCUGUCCCCCAGUGACAUCCACUACUUCCGUGACUUCGGCUAUCGGCACACUACUAUUCAGCAUUGCCCUGCCAAUGCUCCUGCACGGCAAUUGCCCCGAAUCCCCUGGCUGGAGACGACAACCGAGGACGAAAAGGAGCGCAUUGAAGAGGACGAGUAUUGGGCGAACCCUGAUCCCGUCAAAGAGAACGGUGUCGGCUGCAGGUGCAGGUGUGACACCGACAUUGUGGAUGUUGAAGGCAAGCAGGGCAGUUGUCUCGCCGAGUGGGUCGAAGUUGCUGGAGGAUGGGCAUCCCCAUAGAUUCGGAUUGUUGCCCUUUAAUGUUCGCUGUAUAAUCUUCGCCUCCUGGUUUCCGUACCUAUUUGUUCGACUAUGAGCAUUACUCGGUUCGCCCUUGGAGUUAUUUGCUUGAGCCUGCAUGUUACGUUGGCUGUGGGUUUCUGGACGGCGUUAUACGGAUCUGACGGCUUCUUACGUGGAAGACGGUGUGGCCAUUCUCAUCAAUAUGGACAAAUACAUCUAGCGUGC